AUGGAGAAGGGAGGCCGCCGUGCCAUGGUGAAGGGAGCCAUCCACCAGAGGAAGCUUAGCUCCCUCCGUGACGCGGAGCCACUGAUCGACAUGCACGGGACUGUGAUGAGCUACCAGGUCAGGGUGCCAUGCCUCCAUGGCAUCCUUCACACACGCAGCAUCCAGAGACUGCUGCAGCGUCAGAUCAAGGACAUGGGCUGGGUGGUAAAAGGCAUGACUCAUCUCGACGCGCUGGUCAUCAUGCACACCAUGAUCAGCACUUCGUCUGCUCUCAUGGAUCGCAUGAUCCGCGAGGCGGAGCUGACACCGGUCGGCAACACGACGGCGACCCCCGACCCUGACGACGCCGACUGCUUCUCCGACGGCGAGGUUCCAUCGGAGGGACGCCGCACCACCUUCAACACCGACGAGGAGGUCGAGGGACUCCGCGACCCGGUGGUCUCGCUCGCCCCCGCGACCCACGAGUCCGCCGACCGCGUUCUCCGCGACUCGGAACUCCGCGACCCGGCGCUCCCGCUCUUCCCCACCGGCUUCAACAUCGACAAGGAGGCCCCGGGCGAGGAGCGACGCGGCGCCCAGCCGCUCCCGUUCUUCCCCAUCAGCAUCACCGCCAAGGACGCCAAUGCCGAACCCGCGCCCUCCCACACCUCCCUCCGCGACGACGACGACGACAAGGGGCUCUCUGCCAACACUCCUCUCCCUGCACAGCGCGGGCACUCCACCGACAACAACGCGUCGGUCGCCUUGGAGCCCGGUCUGGAGCCAAGUCGUCAGCCCAUCCUCCUGUUGGAGUACCCAUGCCCCCGCCGCCUCGGGGCCUAUGGGUCGGCCACCAUGAACCUGGCGGAGCUGAUGCUUGAGGCGGGAACUGGUACCCGCAGCCAGGUUCUGGUGCGCGCCCCAGCCAUCGUCGACAUGGCCGCCCGGGCUGUCUCCGGCGGGAGUCCUCCGCGCAUCCUGGAUAGGUGCCCUGCCUACCGCCGUCUGGUCAUUGAGCUGUUUGAUUCGGGCACAGCGCUCCGGCAUCAUGAACUUGGAAGCCCCGCUCUUCAGCUAGCACUGCAGGAACUGGGGAGCCAGAUUGAGGAUGUGGCCACUGCCAUCCUCACAGCGCGGCACCCGCGGCCGGUUCUCCUUGAGCACCUGGCAGCGGUGAAGGCAUGCCUCCAUCUCGUCUGGAAUUUGAGGGUCCCUGCAACCGAGUUUCAGCUACUCUGGAGUCUGAACUUCUGA